CACGGCUACGCGCCCGCGCCCUUAGACCUGUGGCUGGACGCGCCCCGGUCCUGCCGGAUGGAGCCGCCCGAGGGGCCGCCGCAGCCCCAGCAGCCCCAGCAACAGCCGCCACCCCCGCCGCAACCACCCCAGCCCCCGCCACAGGCCACCUCAUGCUCUUUCGCGCAGAACAUCAAAGAAGAGAGCUCCUACUGCCUCUACGACUCGGCGGACAAAUGCCCCAAAGGCUCGGCCGCGGCCGCAGACCUGGGCCCCUUCCCGCGGGGCCCGCCGCCCGACGGCUGCGCCCUGGGCGCCUCCAGCGGGGUGCCAGUGCCCGGCUACUUCCGCCUCUCGCAGGCCUACGGCACGGCCAAGGGCUACGGCAGUGGCGGCGGCGGUGGCGGCGCGCAACAGCUCGGCGCCAGCCCAUUCCCGGCGCAGCCCCCCGGGCGCGGCUUCGACCAGCCGCCUGCUCUCGCCUCCGGCUCGGCCGAUGCGGCUCGGAAGGAGCGAGCCCUCGAUUCUCCGCCGCCCCCCACGCUGGUUUGCGGCGGCGGCUCGCAGGGCGAUGAGGAGGCGCACGCGUCAUCCUCGGCGGCGGAGGAGCUCUCCCCGGCCCCUUCCGAGAGCAGCAAAGCCUCGCCGGAGAAGGACUCCCUGGGCAAUUCCAAAGGCGAAAACGCAGCCAACUGGCUCACGGCGAAGAGCGGCCGGAAGAAACGCUGCCCCUACACGAAGCACCAGACGCUGGAGCUGGAGAAGGAGUUUCUGUUCAACAUGUACCUUACUCGAGAGCGGCGCCUAGAGAUCAGUCGCAGCGUCCACCUCACGGACAGACAAGUGAAAAUCUGGUUUCAGAACCGCAGGAUGAAACUGAAGAAAAUGAACCGAGAAAACCGGAUCCGAGAGCUCACAGCCAACUUUAAUUUUUCCUGAUGAAGCUCCAGGCGACGCUGUUUUUUCCACCUCCAGAGCGCCGGUCCCCUCCCUCUGUCUUCAGCCUCUGUCCCGAACUCGCACCUGUGCCGGAGCCCUAUUCCUCCCUCCCACACUCGCCAUCUCCCGGGCAGUUACAUCUGUGCAGGGCUGGUUUGUUCUGACUUUUUGUUUCUUUGUCUGUUUGCUUGAUGCUGGUUUACUUGUUUUCUGGGGGAAAAAGCCAUAUCGCGCUAAAAUUCUAUAGAGGUAGAUAUUGUCCUAAGUGUCAAGUCCUGAAUGGAUUAGGUUUGCUGUCUCGGGGUCCCACUGCUUGAAAUGGCCCCUGUCCUCCUCUACAGAGCUGGUUUCCUGCCCAGCCCUGGGCAAACCUAGCGGGAAGGCCGAGAUCCCAUUGUCGGCGCAGAGGUGUCUGGCCUGAGGUCAAUGGUGCAAGGAGCCGCCACCGGGCAUGCCUGCCUGGAGUGUUGGGCUGUGUUUAAUCAGGGGAUACAGGCCCCUGGGCUUCUUUUUUUCUUUCUUCCUUUCUUCCUUGGCCGAGAGAAGGGCAUGCAGGCAUGGAUAUGCAGGUUGGCACUAGGGCUUGACUUUGGCUGAUUGAAAAAUUGAGAGUGAGAAAGAUUAAUUUUUCCUUCCUCUGUAAGAUAUCCCAGCUUUAUCAGAAAAAAAAAAAAAGGAAUGACCAAGAGAAGGAAACUUCUUUUUCAGUUUGUCUAAGGUCUUGCAUUGCCUGACUGAAAUGUUUCAUUUACCUCUGAAUUUCCAUAUCCUUCUGACUGUUGAUAAAUAAUGAAGUUUUGUUUAUACAUGUGGAAUUAGUGGAAUUUUUGUCAUGAAAAUCGUUACCACUGGUAACACUCGAAAAGCACAUCACAAUUCUCCCUAUCUUGUGGAGUUUUUUUUAAUUCACUUUGGAGGGGGCUUUCUGAAAUUCACGGAAGCCUAGGAUGGCUGGGGCAAACGUAAUAAACUAGAGAAGGGAGACAUUGUUUGGAUUUCCUUUAUACUGUGAAGUAACAUGCAUAAAAGGGUCAAACCUGUAGGUGCAGAAAAAGAAAAAACUAUAAAUACAAAUCUGUAUAAAUGUCUAUUAUUAUGAAAAAUUGCCAAUCUUGUUUUAAGCAAAUGCAUUCUAUCGUUAUUAUAAAUGUUAGUGCUAGCUCUAUUUACUUCUAAUCUUAAAUCAGAAUAAAUUAAUAUUGUAUUGCUGCUGUGCGUGGAAAAAAAAGACGAUGUUUAUGUUCUUAUAGAAUAAAAGCUGUGGAAUGAAGCUUUUUAA